GCUGCUCAUUGGCCGCGCGUUCUGACUGACGUACUUCCGCUUGGCUGUAUGUGAAAGCCCGCUGUCCGGACGCCAUUUUUAUUGUCUCCCAAGUCUCGCAGAGGGAAGCAGGAAGGAGAUUCGGUGCGGAAUACACGUAUUGUUCGCGCGGGCCUGACAGGACCUGCAGCUUCCGGCGUGAACAUGAGUCUCGGGGCCGCCGAGGAGCCCGUGUGCUUUUGAGCGGUACCUCGCGCACCCUCCCUCCAACCGCCGUAUUUAUUAACCUCCGCCCCCUCCCCGAGCGAUCGCUUCCUCCAAGAUGUCGUCCGCCCGCUUCGAUUCCUCGGACCGCUCGAGCUGGUACUUCGGGCCGGUGUCGCGGCACGAGGCCCAGUCGCGGUUGCAGGGCCAGCGGCACGGCGUGUUCCUGGUGCGAGACUCGUCCACCUGCCCCGGGGAUCACGUGCUGUCCGUGUCCGAGAACUCGCGGGUCUCUCACUACAUCAUCAACUCGCUGCCCGGCCGCCGCUUCAAGAUCGGGGACCAGGAGUUCGACAACCUGCCGGCCCUGCUGGACUUCUACAAAAUCCACUACCUGGACACCACCACCCUGAUCGAGCCGGCACCCAGGUUUCCAAGCCCACCUGUAGGCACAGGUCCAGCCCCUACUCUACCUUCAUCUGAGGAAAACUUAGAAUAUGUGCGGACUCUUUAUGACUUUCCUGGAAAUGAUGCAGAGGAUCUACCCUUUAAGAAAGGUGAAAUUCUAAUCAUUGUAGAAAAGCCAGAGGAACAAUGGUGGAGUGCCCGCAAUAAAGACGGUCGUGUUGGAAUGAUCCCUGUACCUUAUGUUGAAAAGCUUUCUCGUCUUUCUAUCCAUGGGAAAUUGGGAAAUAGGAAUUCCAAUAGCUAUGGUAUCCCAGAGCCAGCACAUGCCUAUGCUCAACCUCAGACCCCUAGCCCUCUGCCAGCAUCCAAUACACCACCUGGUGCAGUCAUCACCCCUUUACCUUCAACGCAGAAUGGACCUGUCUAUGCGAAAGCAAUUCAGAAAAGAGUUCCAUGUGCUUAUGACAAGACUGCUUUAGCAUUAGAGGUAGGUGACCUGGUGAAAGUAACACGGAUGAAUAUCAAUGGCCAGUGGGAAGGAGAGGUGAAUGGUCGCAAAGGGCUUUUCCCAUUCACUCACGUCAAAAUUAUUGACCCUCAGAAUCCAGACGAAAGCGAGUGACCUGAUUCUUCUCCCCUCAGAAUCCUGCUGCUUCUUUCUUUCCCUCAGCCUUCUUCCAGACUCUCGAAAAAUUUCUUGGCAUAACCCACAACUGAAUCUUUCAGACGUCUUGUUAUUUGACACUUCUGAAAAUAACACGCUGCAAAGUUCACCUACUGACGCAUGUAACAUAGCUGUGUUUGUUCAUAAUGCAGAGCUGCUUUUUACCAUGUGCUCAAUGCCCUGAACAAGCUUAUGAAGUCUGGACACACUGCCAACAUGGAUGAGUUGCUUAGCUGUUAAUUCUGCUCCUCUGUUAAUUUUUGAGAACAAUGGGCAUUUGCGUUCUGAUUUCUGAUCUUUCUUGAACAGUCUAAUCCUUCCCAUGGAAAUAAUCAUGUCUGAGGAUGGCACGCUCUCACACCGGAUUAAGUGAACAAAUCUAAACUGCUGUCGUGGGAGAAUCCUCUGUACCAAAUUGAGGAUAUUUUCUAUUGCGCAAGCUUGGGGUGUCACUGAACUGUGAAAAACAUCCCCUUUUGAGACCUCCAGUACAUCGAACAAUUUAAAACUGAGGCCUUUAAACCAUUUGUUCUGCUAGACAUUCAGAAGAUGCCUAUUAACUUUCAAAUGCACGGAGUACUGUGACUGUAGCUGAGAACUUUACCAUUCUCCCUUUCCAAACCUAUUUUAUUACCUUUGUAUCAUGCAACAUUGUGAUUCACCCUCUGUGCCAUUAAUAAAAAUAAAUUAGCAGGUAGACCACUUUUGAACUUUAGUGAAUGUGACUUUUUAACCAGCCUCUGUAGAUCUAUUAACACCUUCCACCCCCUCACCUCCCAACUCUCACUCUACUCCUGCCUCACCGGAGAAUAUUGAGAUUAGUUUUAUCAAUCUGGGAUAAUUUAUAAUUGGCUUAUGUACUAAAUUCAUUCAUUGACUUCAAGGCCAGCUGUUUUCUAAUUGUCCCACUACUAAUGCAAACAUUCCAUUUAUGAAUAUGGUAAUCAUUGGGAACAACAAAAAUCUUUUUAUGUUUGCAUUUAUUUGCUAAAUACUUUAUUGUAAACAAAGUUUAUCCUAAAAAUAACCACGCUGUGAUUAUAACAGAGCUGGAGAAUUUUCUAACUUGGCUAUUUCAAUUUCAUAGUAUGUUUCAGGUCAAUACAGUAUUUGGGGUCCCCCAUCAUAAAACCCUUUGUGUUUUGUGUUAAAAAGAGCACAAAGGAAGGAGCAAGUCUAAUAGUGCUGAUUCUCCUUAUUACAGUUUGCUCAUUUCUCAUAACGUUUUUAAUUGUCUUGUUCAUACCCAUUGCAAUCAGCACAAAGUUUAAAUGCAGGUUGGUUAGCCUGUCUGUCACAUUGCAAAACUAAGUUUUUGUGUUGCUUUCGCCUGUUACCUUGAAUGUUAAAUGGGGCCAUAAAAUUUUCUGAAUUGAUUCUGUUGCCUCAAUGUAGUUACAUUACAGAAUUGCCCAAAUUCUUGCUGCUUCUUCCCACGUCUAGAUUUACUAUCCAGAUCAGAGAAAACUGUUUUGGCUAUACCCUGUCUGAAUAUAAUUAUACAUUUCAGUUGUUUACGAAUCAGGCAGAUGUUGAAAGGGAAUCUGUCAUUGGGACGCCUCACAAAGGUGUGAAAUGUCUCAUUUUAUUUUUGUAAAGGGAGUAAAAAUGCAUUUGUGCCAUUUUGUUUGCUUGUAAAUUGUAAUUUUAUAUUGUAUUUACCUUUUCUGGGGACAGUGUGUUCCCUCCCCCACCUUUAAUUCCUCUCCUAAGCACCAUUGGUGCAUUUUGCAGUUUAACUAUACAUUUCCAGAUCAUUGAUGCGAAGUCCACGGGCCACAAUUUGUCACACCUGUUGUAUUUGUUUUUGGUAACUUUCAGAGUGGCAUCCCACAUAGUGUGCCCUACAUAAGGGAUCUUGUUUCAGUAGGUGGUUAAAUGGAAUACACAACGGUUUUAGGUGAAAGCUUUUAAAAAUUCUUUUUUUUUUUUUUAAGGGAAGAAAUAGGUUUUGAAUUUAAUUUUGUUCUGUAAAAUUAACAGUAUUAAAUGACUUAUAUUCUUA